UCAGGCUUAAAGAGUUGGGAAUCACUUUGCCAUCUUUAUCUCUCUCCCUCUCUCUCUCUCUCUCUCUCUCUCUCUAAUAUAUAUAUAUAUAUAUAUUCAUAUAAAAAAUAUCAUGCUUUGUUUCUUUGGUUUUUGUUUCCUGAGAAAGAAAAUCAGAGGAAAAUGGAGAUUACAAAGUUGCCGGAAGAGUGCAUUUCACAAAUAAUUUCGUUGACAUCACCAAGGGAUGCUAGCAGGUCGGCUCUGGUUUGUGCUCUGUUUAGAUCAGCCAUGGACUCAGAUUUGGUUUGGAGAAAGUUUCUACCCCAUGACUAUCACCAAAUCCUUUCAAACUCAUCUUUACAACCAUCAUUAAUGGAUUCCCUUUCCAUGAAGCAACUCUUUUUCCAUCUUUCUCAUCAUCCAGUCCUUGUAGACGAUGGUAAUAUGAGCUUUGCAAUAGAGAAGAAUAGUGGAAAGAAAUGUUAUAUGAUGGGCGCAAGAAGGCUCACAAUUAUAUGGGGAAGUUCACCUCAAUAUUGGCAUUGGAUAUCUCUACCUGCAUCGUCUAGGUUCUCUGAAGUGGCUGAACUAAGACAUGUAUGGUGGUUUGAGAUGAAAGGAAGGAUUGAAACAAACAUUUUGUCCCCACAAACAACUUAUGCAGUUUACUUUGUGUACAAACUCAGGCGGCACCGAUACCGGUUUCAUGAAAAACCUGUUACGGUUCAAGUCAAUUUUGAAGGAGAUGAGGAAAUCCAUGGCGAAGGAUAUGGGAGAAGAGAAGUGCUGUUAGGCCCUCCAAAGAAUAAGAUUAAGAAUAUGCAGCAACUAUGUGGAGCAUAUAGAGGAGAUGGUUGGAUGGAGGUUGAAUUGGGGGAGUUCUUCAAUGAUGGUGGAGAAAAUCAUGGGGUUCUGAUACUCAAUCUAAUGGAAAUUAAUGCUGCUGUGAAGUAUGGAAUCAUUGUAGAAGGAAUUGAACUUAGGCCUAAAGCUGGUGGAUAGAAAAGUAUGUAUGGUAGUGGCUUCGUUAAUUCUCUCUUUUUCUUUUGUUGGACUUGGAUGCUCUGUUUUUAAGCUUAGGCCUAUAAGCUCUUUUUACACCAUCAGUUUUCAAAUCGUGAGUAUAAAACUAGUCCGGUAUCAAUGCAAAAAUGAAAAGGCAUAUCUUAAUUUAUGGACGGGUUCUUCGAAGUGGCUGAACUCAAGGAGGUAUGGUGGCUUCAAAUCGUUGGAUGGUUGGAAACAAAAAUUUUGUCUUUUGACACAACUUAUAUAGCAUAUUUUGUCUUCAAGUUUGCGGAUACGGGUUCCAAAAACCCGUAGAAUAUGUAGUCCAUUUUGAAGGACAAGAGGUCCAUGGAGGUACGUAGUGCUUGUUCCUAGACACUCCACUAGAUAUGCCUCGAAUGUCUCAAGAAAGAAGAGAUGGAUGGAUGGAGAUUGAGAUGUGUGUUUUUCAAUGAUUAUGGAUAAGAUUUCAAAGUAAUUUGCAGCUUAAAGGAGAUUGAUGACUACAACAGAAAAUUUGGCCUAAUUGUGGAAGGAAUUUAGGCCUAUAGAUUGGUGUAUUCAGAAAUUGAUAAUUAUCAUCUAAAGACAAUGCAGUAUUUGGUUGUAUUUUCUUUGCUUCUUGUUAUUUCCUAUGUCAAUCCUUCUAUAGUAAUAGUCAAUGGGUCAAUGGGGUUCACAUUGACUCAAUUCAUAGAAGAUUAAAUUGUUUGAAA